AUGGCCAAUUUCACCGUUGGCGACUACAUUGCCCAAAGGCUCGCUCAAAUAGGGGUACGCCAUCAUUUCCUAGUACCCGGCGGCGACAACCUCGCUCUGCUGGACAGGCUCGGCGCGCACCCAUCACUCACCGGCGUCGGGUGCACAAACGAGCUGAAUUGCUCUCUAGCUGCCGAGGGAUACGCCAGAGCCAACGGCAUCGCAGUCUGCGUCGUCACCUACAGCGUAGGGGCCUUUUCUGCCUUCAACGGCAUCGGCAGCGCCUACGCUGAGAAUCUUCCCGUCAUCCUCAUCAGCGGAGCACCGAAUACGCAUGACAAGGACCAGCAUUUGCUUCACCACACCCUCGGGGAGCACGAUUUCACGUACCAGCUAGAAAUGGCCAAGAAGAUUACAUGCUGCGCCGUGUCGAUCCGGAAUGCCAAAUCAGCUCCCGAGUUGGUUGACCGCGUUGUAUGGAAUUGUAUCCGGCUGCAAAAACCCGGGUACAUUGAGCUGCCUACCAACCUGUCCACCGAGAGGUGCGUGCAACCCGGACCGAUAAGUGGUCUCGACGCUGGGGAUCGGCACGUUGGGUCUGUCCUUGCCGCUGCGGUUACUAGCGUUAGGGAAUAUCUUGAGACGCGGCAGAAGCCAGUGAUUCUCGCCGGGCCAAAGAUACGAAGUUGCAAAGCCCAGGAAAGCCUCGUCCGCCUGGCAGAAGCCAUUGGCUGCGCGGUCGUGGUUCAGCCAGCGGGCAAGGGACUGUUCCCCGAGACACACCCCCAAUUUGCCGGAGUUUUCUGGGGCCAAGUGAGCACCCUCGCUGCCGACAGCAUCGUCAACUGGUCUGAUGGUCUGAUAUGCGUGGGAACCUUGUUCACAGACUAUAGCACGGUCGGUUGGACAGCCGUGUCCAACGUGCCGCAGGUAGUCAUUGACGCGGAUGCUGUGACAUGUGUGACGACUUGCUUCACUGGCGUCGCCAUGUGCGACUUGCUGGUCGGCUUGGCAGAUACAGUCGCCUGGAACGACAGCUCAAUGACCGAGUACGCUCGGCUGCGGCCGGAAAUUCCACUCCAGCGCCACGGAGCCUACGGGGAGCUCACGAGAAAGGAGGUUGCCCGACGGGUGCAGCUGCUUCUCGGGCCGGACAUGACGGUUUUCGCGGACGCAGGAGAUUCGUGGUUCAACGGCAUUCAACUGCAACUUCCGCCCGGGGCGGCAUUCGAAAUCGAAAUGCAAUGGGGCCAUAUCGGAUGGUCGAUACCGGCGUCGUUUGGCUACGCGCUUGCAAAACCUGAAAGGAGAAUCAUAGUCCUGAUUGGAGACGGGGCCCUGCAAGUGACGGCUCAAGAGAUGUCUCAGAUGGUGAGGCACCGCCUUCCCGUGAUUCUGGUGCUGAUGAACAAUAAAGGAUACACGAUCGAGGCGGAGAUGCACGCCGGGGUGUACAAUCGGAUUUAUAAUUGGAACUACGUCCUCCUCGUGCAGGCGUUCAACUUUUCUGGCACGGGAGGACGUGCGCUUGGCCUGAAAGCAGAUACGGUCGAGGAGUUUUCUGAAGCCAUUGAAUUGGCACAGGCACACAUGGAUGGACCAAGUCUCAUCGAAUGCAGCAUCGACCAGGAGGACUGCAGCAAAGAGCUGAUUACAUGGGGGCAUUAUGUUGCGGCGGCCAACAAUCGUUCUGGAAUGACCAUCGAGACGUAG